AUGCAUUCUCUGUCAUCACCAUCAUCAUCAUCAUCAUCAUCAUGCACAUGCCUAUGCUCAUGCCGCACAUUCACUCUAUACACAUUCAUUUCACACUACUCCUUCUCAACAGGUGUCCAUUCCGAUUCCACAUCCAUUCCACCAGUCACCGACAUCACUCAUCCAACUCAGUCUGACCAAACCACAUCCACGUCACACUUGAUCGACACCACGCCAACAAUCUCCACUACAGCAUUCCAGUCGACAGAAUCAACCACACUGCAAACACCAGUCUCAACUCCAGUGUCAACAUCACAGCACACACCAGAGUCCACAUCACAGCCAUCACCACAGUCUACACUAAUGCAAACAGGUGUCCAUUCCGAUUCCACAUCCAUUCCACCAGUCACCGACAUCACUCAUCCAACUCAGUCUGACCAAACCACAUCCACGUCACACUUGAUCGACACCACGCCAACAAUCUCCACUACAGCAUUCCAGUCGACAGAAUCAACCACACUGCAAACACCAGUCUCAACUCCAGUGUCAACAUCACAGCACACACCAGAGUCCACAUCACAGCCAUCACCACAGUCUACACUAAUGCAAACAGGUGUCCAUUCCGAUUCCACAUCCAUUCCACCAGUCACCGACAUCACUCAUCCAACUCAGUCUGACCAAACCACAUCCACGUCACACUUGAUCGACACCACGCCAACAAUCUCCACUACAGCAUUCCAGUCGACAGAAUCAACCACACUGCAAACACCAGUCUCAACUCCAGUGUCAACAUCACAGCACACACCAGAGUCCACAUCACAGCCAUCACCACAGUCUACACUAAUGCAAACAGCAAUCUUUAAAGUUCAAGGAACACUUUAUACUGGUAACAAUUCAGAUCUAUAUCUUUGGUCAUCAGAUUUAACAAAUUCAUCAACACUCGAAUAUAUAACAUUGAAAAUGAAAUUUUGUACUUUUAUUAUUGAAAGUUUAAAUGAAAGUUAUUCUUCUAUAAUUAAAAAUGCAAAAUGUUCUAAUGUAAUCUUCAUCCCAAUAAAUGUGAAUAAUUUACAAAUAAGACAAAUUAAUAAUACAAAUCUCAUUCAAGGUGUUCAAGGAAUUGCUGAUAUUGAAUUAUUACUUAUUAAUACUACAAAUAUAAAUGAAAGUCUAUUUAUUACGGCUUUAAUAUAUCAUGGAAUGAAUAUUAAUAGAACUUUUAAUAUCUAUUUAUUGAAUAUUGAAGUUAAUCUCAUCUCUAAUGAAACUACAAUAUCUACCGUAAUGUCAACAAGUAAAUCCACCGAAAAUAAACUAGAUAUUUCAUCAGUAACAACAUCAACUCCAAGAUUUAUGUCAGUCGUUACCAGUCCAGAAUAUCAUUUCAUUAGUGAUGGUAUAUCUUUUGAAGCUUUUGAAAAUUCUCUACCUCCAUUAUUUGAUAAACCUGCGAUAGGAAAAAUUGAGGCAUAUAUCCACAAAGUAGAAUCAAGGGAUUUCAUGGAAUGGUCAGAUGAUUUAAGUAUACCUACAAGUGCAUUUUAUUUAAAUUUGUCAUCACAAAUUCAAUAUCUGGUUACUAAAAGUGUACAAUUAGCGAAUGUUCAAAUUUCAUUAUCGUUCAAAAUUCUGGACGUCACGUUCCAAAAUGUCAUAAUUCAAAUUGAAACUGUCUACAGAGUUAAUAAUACUGAAAAAUAUGAAUAUCGAUUAAUCAACAGUAUCUUCAUGAAAAUGUCAGUGGAAAUGAGAUCACUGGAAGCUUCACUAUUAUCCGAUAAGGAAUUAACGCAGAUUUUCAUUGAAGGAUGGGGAAAGCUGAAUGUUACGAGUGGACCAAAUUUGGUUGACAUUGAGUUCACUCAGAUCUCGGUGUUCGAGGUGCACAUUGUGAUCUACAUUGAAGAACGGUCAGUGCCCAUGAAUUGGUCAACUGAUCUGUCGAAUGAGUCAAGUGUCAUGUACAGAAAUUUGUCGAUGUCAAUUUGUGACCUGCUAUUGAGCGGACUACGUCUGGGUAAUGAAGAGUUCUCUCGAGGUGCUACUUGUGUCCGUGUUGUCUUCAUUCGGAUCAUGAUCUGGAUUGACGGUGUUGGCCGAGCUCACACCGACGCGGGUGUCAAUCGUGUCUCAAUGGAAGCUGUUCAAGCAAUUGUGAAUGUGCAGUUGCGUUUGUCUCGUGGAUCACAACCAACUGAGACUGAUCUGACGGAGACUCUGGUUCGUGGAUGCACACUCCUGAAUAUCAGGAGUGGACCAAGUUUGAGAAACAUCACAGCAUAUCAACCUACGAUAGGACAAAUUGAGGCAAUGAUCCGCAUAGCAGGAACAUGGGAUUUAAUGGAAUGGUCAGAUGAUUUAAGCAUACCUACAAGUGCAUUUUAUUUAAAUUUAUCAUCACAAAUUCAAUAUCUGGUUACUAAAAGUGUACAAUUAGCGAAUGUUCAAAUUUCAUUAUCGUUCAAAAUUCUGAACGUCACGUUCGAAAAAUAUUCCAUUCAACUUGGACACAUGGAAAACUUUCGAAUGAUCGAGUGUAUCUUAAUGAAAAUGACAGUUGAAAUGAGAUCACUGGAAGCUUCACUAUUAUCCGAUAAGGAAUUAACGCAGAUUUUCACUGAAGGAUGGGGAAAGCUGAAUGUUACGAGUGGACCAAAUUUGAUUGACAUUGAGUUCACUCGUUCACCAACAAGCAUGUCAGCUUCGACUAGCAGCCUUGAACAGACAGACAGAAGUAUUUCAACAGAAUUCGCGCAACUGAUUAGGACAACGGAGACGGUGAGGUCAACAUCAACUGUGAAGACGACGAGCCCAUCAUCAACUACUACAUCAGAUGAUUUCGAGAUCUCGGUGUUCGAGGUGCACAUUGUGAUCUACAUUGAAGAACGGUCAGUGCCCAUGAAUUGGUCAACUGAUCUGUCGAAUGAGUCAAGUGUCAUGUACAGAAAUUUGUCGAUGUCAAUUUGUGACCUGCUAUUGAGCGGACUACGUCUGGGUAAUGAAGAGUUCUCUCGAGGUGCUACUUGUGUCCGUGUUGUCUUCAUUCGGAUCAUGAUCUGGAUUGACGGUGUUGGCCGAGCUCACACCGACGCGGGUGUCAAUCGUGUCUCAAUGGAAGCUGUUCAAGCAAUUGUGAAUGUGCAGUUGCGUUUGUCUCGUGGAUCACAACCAACUGAGACUGAUCUGACGGAGACUCUGGUUCGUGGAUGCACACUCCUGAAUAUCAGGAGUGGACCAAGUUUGAGAAACAUCACAGCAUAUCGUCCACGAACAAGCACUGUGACGUCGACUGACGGUCUCGGACAAACAGAAACAAGUGUCUCGACAGAAUCGAGGCAGCCGAUCAGGACCACGUCGACAGAGACGAUGACUGCAAGAUCGACUGUGCUGAUGACCAGCCCGUCAUCAACUACUACUGGAGCUGCUUUCGAGAUCUCCGUGUUCGAGGUGGAUAUUGUGAUCUAUAUUGAAGAACGGUCAGUGCCCAUGAAUUGGUCAACUGAUCUGUCGAAUGAGUCAAGUGUCAUGUACAGAAAUUUGUCGAUGUCAAUUUGUGACCUGCUAUUGAGCGGACUACGUCUGGGUAAUGAAGAGUUCUCUCGAGGUGCUACUUGUGUCCGUGUUGUCUUCAUUCGGAUCAUGAUCUGGAUUGACGGUGUUGGCCGAGCUCACACCGACGCGGGUGUCAAUCGUGUCUCAAUGGAAGCUGUUCAAGCAAUUGUGAUUGUGCAGUUGCGUUUGUCUCGUGGAUCACAACCAACUGAGACUGAUCUGACGGAGACUCUGGUUCGUGGAUGCACACUCUUGAAUAUCAGGAGUGGACCAAGUUUGAGAAACAUCACAGCAUAUCGUCCACGAACAAGCACUGUGACGUCGACUGACGGUCUCGGACAAACAGAAACAAGUGUCUCGACAGAAUCGAGGCAGCCGAUCAGGACCACGUCGACAGAGACGAUGACUGCAAGAUCGACUGUGCUGAUGACCAGCCCGUCAUCAACUACUACUGGAGCUGCUUUCGAGAUCUCCGUGUUCGAGGUGGAUAUUGUGAUCUAUAUUGAAGAACGGUCAGUGCCCAUGAAUUGGUCAACUGAUCUGUCGAAUGAGUCAAGUGUCAUGUACAGAAAUUUGUCGAUGUCAAUUUGUGACCUGCUAUUGAGCGGACUACGUCUGGGUAAUGAAGAGUUCUCUCGAGGUGCUACUUGUGUCCGUGUUGUCUUCAUUCGGAUCAUGAUCUGGAUUGACGGUGUUGGCCGAGCUCACACCGACGCGGGUGUCAAUCGUGUCUCAAUGGAAGCUGUUCAAGCAAUUGUGAUUGUGCAGUUGCGUUUGUCUCGUGGAUCACAACCAACUGAGACUGAUCUGACGGAGACUCUGGUUCGUGGAUGCACACUCUUGAAUAUCAGGAGUGGACCAAGUUUGAGAAACAUCACAGCAUAUCGUAAGUCGUCAAUUGUUGUUGCCCAUUUUGCCAAUGAUAUGUUGUGA